UAAAAUCCUUUUUUUCAUAUACUUUAUUUCAAGUAUUUUUAUAUGAAUCAAACAUCAUUAUGGUAAAGUUAACAGAGGAAAUGGUCGUGGCUCGGACACGAAUGUCCGAUUUUUCUGCAGUAAAGAAACUUAACUGUUGGGGUACAGAAUUGACUGAUGUAAGCAUUUUAAGGAAAAUGAAAAAUGUAGAAGUAUUGUCAUUAAGUGUUAACCAUAUCAACACCCUUGCUGAUUUUCAAUACUGCUUAAGUCUUCAAGAAUUAUUUGUUAGAAAUAAUAAUAUUGAAGAUUUAAAUGAAGUUUGUUAUCUUCAAGCUUUGCCAAAUUUAAGAAAUUUAUGGCUUGGUGAAAAUCCUUGUGCUGAAAAAGAAGGUUAUCGAUUAGCAGUUUUAAGAGCUUUACCAAAUCUACAAAAGCUUGAUGAUGAAAUAGUAUCACCUGAGGAAGUGCAAACUGCAUUGACAAGAGGUCGUGUUUUAAUUCAUCCACUUGACAUGUAUGCUUCCCCGCCACAAUCAGAUGCAGUAAGUCCAGAGGAUAUUACUACUGAGUAUAUUGAAGAAACUGAAGUCAUUGAACAUCGAAGAUAUAGUUCCUCAAGUGAUCAGAGAAGUUUUGAAGAAACACAGCAUACUCAAGAAGAGUAUCAUGAUCCAGAUCAUCGAAAUGCAAAUUAUAAUGCAUCACCAUCUCAUCAUUAUUCACAAAAUAAUCAAUAUACAUAUGAGCAACAGAAUGGACAGUCAAAGAAUCAAAGCAAAGAUGACACUAUACGUACAGAGUCGCGCAACGUCAGUGAAAACGUGGCCACUAACACUAUUGAAAUGAUCAAGGAAUAUGAUGAUCGACCAGCAAUUUCCAGACAUAAUGGAGAUUACGAUGACAGAAGAUCUUAUGCGGAAUAUAGUAAUAAUGAUACGUCGCAACGAACAUACGCACAAACAUCUCCAAGAACACAAUACUCCACAAAUGAAAUUAUAGAUGAAAGACGAACAGAAAGAAAUAAUUAUGAUUAUGACAAUAGACUGAAAUCUGAAUACAAAGAACAUCAUGAUCCUAGAAUAAAAUCAGAUUAUGAAGAGCAACAUCAACCAUCAUCUCAACAUAGACGAAUGCCGGUUCAUCAUAAUAUAGAGAGAGAAGAUUCGAACCAAGUACCUGGAUGGGUCAGACAUUCAGAGAAAGAAAAGUGUAGAUCACAAUUCCAUUAUCACAGAAGACCUGUUACAAGAAACUCCAACAUUUUAUCAGCUGUAUUAUGUCUAGUUAAAGAACUUGACUAUCCGAGCCUGGAAGUUGUGGAAAUGGCCGUUAGAAAUCGAAUGGAUGAAUUAGAAGAAUGAUGUUUCUGACGCCGUCCUCAAAAUACUCAGGGGACGGUUUUCUCUCAUAUGGGUAGUGUUUCUUCAAUUUCAAGUCCUGAAUUUUCGGAUUCUCUUGAUAGUAUGGUACCUUGUCAGUGUAUUGAUAACGAUGCAAACUGUAAUCUUGAUCAACAUAUAUAUGAUCGACAUUCGAUCGAUGACAACGCCGAUAAACGUCAAAUUCGUCGCAAUGGUCACACAGAAAUUUGUUCGAUGCGAAGCCCUAAAAAUGCAUCUGUUCAUCCGAAUUCAAAAUAUUUUGGAAAUAAUCAGAAUGCAUAUAAGCUUAGGGACUCUGUACCAGAUAAUCUAAUGUCGGUAGUUGGUAACUGCGAAGAAAAAAAAGCAAAU